GUAUUUGCACCAUUUUGCACUAAAGUAGAUCACUAUUUUAUUCCAAGCAACAACAGAUGAAAUCUGUCUCCCGUGUAAGACCAGACUUAAAACCUCUCUAAGAUGGGCGCCAGAAACGUCCACGAUCUGACGCUCUGGUGCGUGUAUUUCGUCGCCUUCCUCCUCGUCUGCCUCUCCAUCAGCAUCGACGGCUGGUUCCGCUACCCCAGCCCCUUCGGCGCCUCCCUGGACGUGCUGAAGCGGAACCGAGGCAGCCUCCACACCAUCAUCUGGAUCUUCCUCCUCCUGUCUCUCGUGCUCUCCGUCUUGUGCUUCGUCAUCCAGGGCGUGGUCUUCUUCCUGGACUACACCGGGAAAACCGUGAAGGCGCAGAAGUACCUGCCGUUUGUGACGAUGGGUCUUGCCAUCACCGGAGGGAUCCUGGCCGUCUUCGUGGGGAUCUUGUUCCUCGUGGACGUGCACGCGCUGCAGAGCCUGAACCCCACGGUCGACACCCUGAGCCCCGGGUGUUCGUUGUUUCUCGUCAUCUUCGGUGGUAUCUUGUUGAUGGUGUCCGCCUGUCUACACUUUCAAGUCAACAAACUGAACGCCGUAGGACCCUAGUUCGACU